AUUUAUACUUCGUCUUCGUUUUAUUUUCGGAGUCGCUGAAGCUGCGACCACGCUCUUCGAAUGCUUAAUUUAUUGAACCCCACAUCGCUUGACCCCUAGAUCGCCUAGUCCACACGCGAUUUUGUGUUGCACCGUAUCCGUACCUUCUCCCGUUCUUUGGGAGUUGCACUAACAAAUCGGAAAUCCGCGUAUCGUACCUAAAGCAGCCGAUAUCCCUCCUAUUUCCCAAUCGAAAUCUCUUUUCUGCCAGGGCAGUCACACACAGGGGGCUUCCAGGUUACCUUGAUCCGCCUAUCCCAGGCGCAUAUUUCCAUUUCAACUCUCCCACUCCCCACCCACCCCCAAGGUGCAUUUUACCUUCCUUGUGCUUCCUCCUCGCCUUCACCCAAAGGACUGGCGACGCUCCAAACCACGCCUCGGCACAUUUCCCUAUCGUCCUUCGGUCGUGCAUAGUUUGGCAUUGAGACACCCUAUCGCAACGCAAAAUGACCGCCAACGUGACGAGUUUCACGUCGCCAUUGGCGACAAUAAAGUACGGCACUGCCAGCUUCUCACCUCAACUCGAAUAUGUCCUAGAGACCAUCUCAAACACGAGCGCUUGGGCCAUUCUUGCCAGCAUUCUGGCAAUUCUCGUCGCCUAUGAUCAAUUCAGCUACAUUUGGAGCAAAGGCUCCAUCGAGGGUCCCGCGUGGAAGGCACCUUUCAUCGGUCCGUUUCUGCAGUCGGUAAACCCAAAGUUCGAGGAGUACUACGCCAAAUGGAUCAGCGCGCCUCUGAGCUGCGUCUCCGUCUUCCACAAGUUCGUCGUCAUUGCCUCGACCCGUGAUAUGGCGCGCAAGGUUUUCAACUCGCCACAGUUUGUCCAGCCCUGUGUGGUUGAUAUUGCGCACAAGCUGCUCGGUGCCGACAACUGGGUGUUCCUGGAUGGCAAGGCUCACGUCGAGUUUCGCAAGGGCUUGAACGGGCUCUUCACGCGGAGAGCUCUCGAGAUCUAUCUCCCAGGACAAGAGGCCGUGUACAACCGCUUCUUCAAGGAGUUCGUCGAAACCACCAAGGAAGCCAGUGGAAAGCCUGUCCCCUUCAUGCCUCACUUCCGACAGGUCAUCACGGCUGUAUCUUGCCGCACAUUCGUCGGCCAUUACAUGUCGGACGCCACGGUCAGAAAGGUUGCCGACGAUUAUUACCUCAUUACCGCCGCUCUCGAAUUGGUCAACUUCCCCAUCAUUAUCCCUUUCACCAAGACGUAUUAUGGCAAGAAGGCUGCCGACAUGGUCCUGACCGAGUUCUCCAAGUGCGCGGCCAAGAGCAAGGUCCGAAUGAACGCUGAUGGCGAGGUUACCUGCAUCAUGGAUGCCUGGAUCAAGCAGAUGGUUGACUCCAAGAGGUGGCGCGAGGCCGAGUCGAAGGGCGAAACCGAGGGCUUGGUGAAGCCUAACCCCCUGCUGAGAGACUUUACCGACUAUGAGAUUGCGCAGACCGUCUUUACUUUCUUGUUCGCUUCCCAAGACGCCACCAGCAGCGCGUCCACUUGGCUCUUCCAGACAAUGGCUCAGCGCCCCGAUGUCCUCGACCGUGUGCGUGAGGAGAACCUGAAGGUCCGGAACGGUGACAUUCAUGCGCCUCUCAACUUGGACCAGCUCGAAUCCUUGACGUAUACACGUGCCGUCGUGAGGGAGCUUUUGCGAUACAGACCCCCUGUCAUCAUGACGCCCUACGUGGCGAAGAAGGCUUUCCCCAUCUCGGAGACGUACACGGCCCCCAAGGGCUCCAUGGUUAUUGCGACAACGUAUCUGGCCCUCAGAGAUCCCGAUGUGUACGAGAACCCUGACUCGUUCGACCCCGAGAGAUACUACACAGGAGAUGCGGAGGUGAAGGGGGCGAAGAACUACCUCGUUUUUGGCACCGGCCCUCACUACUGCCUUGGGCAACACUAUGCCCAACUCAACCUCGCCCUGUUUAUCGGCAUGGCCUCGCUGCUCGUGGACUGGACACAUCACGCCACUCCCUUGUCUGAGGAGAUCAAGGUGUUCGCGACAAUUUUCCCUAAGGACGAUUGCCCGUUGACGUUUGAGGACAGGAAGUGGUAGCUUGGGGGAAGAAACGAGAGCUAGAGCCACCUGUUGGGGGCCCUAAUACCGCAACCGAUUCGCGAAGAGACUGAUUCCCUAGAGAAAUGGGCAUGAGCUACGCUACAUCUGAAGGAACCAUCAGUCCUCGGGUGAGCCCUAAGAGAUUUCAUGAUAGGGUAUGCCGGGCCCGGAAUCUGUCUCUGGAUCGACAGGAAGCCUAGGUGGCAGAGGAGGCCAAGGCGUGCAUACGUAUCUAUAGACUUGUAAUAUUUUAAUCGACCUGUACAUAGAUUUUGCAUGCAACACGAUAUACGUGGAGGUGCCAAACGGAUCAACAGCACCUGGGUAUGUUUGUUGGGUUGCAAACAGGGGCCUUUGGUAGCUUUUUGGAGGGAAAAUAUCAGGAUAUUUAAUGCAUUUCCAUGAGAAGUUGCUGCGGUACAGCGGCUGACGUUAAAUUUGAAAUGAGGCUCUC